AUGACUGAGCGCUUUUCCAAACCUAAUGCCUCCCCGUCUCCGCGGCUGGCGUCCUCCUCGGCGAAUGGGCGGGGAGCUUCGCUUGCGGGCAAUGGCGUGACAGACCGCUACGGCUUUUUUGUUGACGCCGAGAGAAAGGCGGAGGAGGAUGAGUACAUUUGGCGACACCCAGAGAUGCCAGCGAAGCAGCGGAUGUGGGCGGGCAUGCUGGGGCAGUGGGGCUCCGUCUCACAGCAACGAAGGAAAAUGCUCUGUCGCGAAGGCAUUCCACAGUCCAUGCGUCGGAUAGUGUGGCCGGUACUUCUGGAAAGCGGCGAUCGCCUUGGUUUUGAAGCGGACGCUUACCAGGCGUUAAAAUCGCGUCCAGCGGCGAAUCCGGAGUUGUUUGCCGUUAUUGAGCGCGACCUGGGACGCACCUUCCCAACGCAUAGGUGGUUUGUGCGGGAGGACGGUGUGGGGCGGAGCAAGCUGCGAGGUAUUCUUCGUGCCUAUGCCAACCUGGACCCGGAAGUGGGUUAUGUGCAGGGAAUGGCCUUUUUGGCGUCCACCCUCCUGCUGCAUAUUGAGGAUGAGGAGAAAACCUUUUGUGCAUUUGUUUCUCUGAUGCAUCGCCCAAAGUAUUCCAUGUCGAAAAUGUUUUCCGCUGGGUUCCCUGCUCUUCACAUGCGUUUUUACCAAUUAGAAAAACUGAUGCGGCGCAGGUGCACGUCGUUGCUUCGUCUAUUGAAGAAGUUCCACGUAACUCCAGAGCUCUACGCGACACAGUGGUUCCUAACCCUCUUCUCGUACCAACUGGACUUUGGCCUACUCUCACGUAUAUGGGACAUGUUUCUCUGCGAAGGAUGGAAGAUCAUUUUUCGUGUGUCAAUCACUUUUUUUUGCUCCACAAGAAAACUUUGCGGCAUGCGAAGGAUGAAGGCGAUCUUCUUUUAG